AUCACCCCCCGCUGGGGAAGAGCCAUACAUUCCCAGUUAUAUGGACCCAAGCAACGGCCCAGAGCCUUGUGUCGUCUGCGGUGACAAGGCCACUGGCUUUCAUUAUCGCGCCAUGACUUGUGAAGGAUGCAAGGGUUUUUUUCGCCGCUCCGUCCAGAAGCGGUUGGUGUACACCUGCAAGUUUAAUGGUCGCUGUUCUGUUUCUGACAAGCAGAAUCGCAACAGUUGCCAAAAGUGCCGGUUCGAUCGGUGCAUUAAGGGCGGCAUGGCAAGAGAUUGUAAGCUGAUUAUUUGCAUUCGUUAG